CGCAGUGCUUUGGUUCAAAUUCUGGAGAGAUUCGCAAUGCCGCCGAAGAAGCGCCCCGCCGCUGGGCCGCUGGAGGAGCCGUCGCGAAAAGUUGCUAAAGAGGAAAGUCCCUGGGAGCUUCAGCUGCAACUGGCAAUUCGGCAGCAGACCACCGCGCAGGACCGGCUUGAGAUGGCGCAGGGCGAUUUGAAGAAGGCCAAAGCUAAGAAGAAUGCCAAGAAGGAGGUCCAGGCGGCCGAGAAGAAGGUCGCGGCGGGUCCAGCUCAGGAAUUGCCGACCCCGACCUCGACAAAGCUAGUCAAGCCCAAUCUUGCAGAGUUCAAGGCCGACGAGCUGCUCGACGUCAAGGCGUUCCAGGACUUCGUGGCGCCCAACACGACCACUGACCGACCGCUCUUCCUACGCCAGCAUCUCCUCAACGUGCACAAGAAGGCAGUGGAGGCUUUGCAGGCGGAGGAGAUUCGCCUGGUGUCACUGGUCGGCUGCCCCGGCACCGGCAAGACGUGGUGCGGGUGGCUGGUGGCCUACACCCUGCAGAAGGCGUUCAAGAAGAACACGCUGCACCUGACCAUCAGGAACUCGACCGUGACGGUCAUCGCCAACUUCGAGGAGAAGCAGCAGUACGAGGAGGUGAGCUGGAACGGGCGCAUGCUAAAGCAGGCGACUCGCAUCUUCAUCGGGGUCCGGCAGCUGAUCGAGCGAGGGAAGGAUGAGGAGUUCGCUGGCGUGAAGUUCAUGGGGCUGCUGUCCGGCCACGGCCAGGAGAAGAUCACAGGCAAGCAGCUGAGUCUGGAGGUCAUACAAAAGCUUGUGCUUUGGAGCUGGAGAGAAGAGGAGGUCGCAACUCUAUGUAAAAAGAUGAAAGGCAAGAAAGAUGGUCUGAAGCUAUCUGACGACGCCUACAAGGUGUGUGGAGGAUCCGUGCGGACAGGUUCUAAUGAUUCCAAUGCAGAAGAUGCGAGCUUCGCAAAGGGCAUCAUGUCGGCGCGGCCAGAGCCCCGCUCCGACUUCGUCAUCAAGUGCAUCAAGGAGAACGAGCUCGCAGAGUUCAAGGGGGUGGCAAACAUGUACAGGAGACUCUCAAGCAUCAACGCUGGUGCCGCUGGCAGUGCCUUCGAGCUCUUGGUCCACUUGUUCUGGCGGGAUGCUGCCGCUCAUCGACAGAAAGUCGAGCUUUCACUUCGCAGGAACGACGAGGACAUCACUAAGACGCUUGUGGAUUGCACACACUUCAAUGCGAAGCCCUGCAGCAUAGAAGAGUAUGACAAAGAGAAGAUGGUGGUCAGCGCUGACCUUGUGGGCUACUUCACCCCGGCUGCUGUGGAAUCUGUGUUGUUUCGGUACAAGUCUGCCGACAAGACCGAGGCGCUGGCCAUCCAGAUCAGCAUUGCCUUGCCUUGA